AAAAUACCUAAAAGAGAGUUUUGGGUUUUGAGAUAUUUGGGGGCCAUUUUCCUUAGAAAAACUGGAAAUGCGAAUCAUUUUCACUUCAAUGACACACUAUCUAGCCCAAGCAACGCUCGCGUCCUUCUCGGCUUCCUACCGGAUGCUUACUUUAGUUUACACUUUUCCAGUCACGUCCAAAAGGAUAGAAUCUGUAAAUUUUUCCUGGUGUCCAAGCAGUUCGGUUGUAUGCGCUGCAAAGGGUCCACGGCCGAGAUAUCCUCGGGUUUGGAAAACCAGAAAGAGGAUUGGGACUAUAUCCAAGGCAGCAAAGCUUGUUGAUUGUGUAAAGGGACUGUCUAACGUCAAAGAGGAAGUCUAUGGGGCUCUUGAUUCCUUCAUUGCCUGGGAACUAGAGUUUCCUCUUAUUACAGUAAAGAAAGCCCUGAAGACCUUAGAGAACCAAAGAGAAUGGAAGAGGAUAAUUCAGUUGACGAAAUGGAUGUUAAGUAAAGGCCAGGGAAGAACAAUGGGAAGCUAUUUUACGCUAUUAAAUGCAUUAGUUGAAGAUGGAAGACUUGAUGAAGCUGAAGAGCUUUGGAACAAAUUGUUUUCUCAGUAUUUGGAGAGCAUGCCUCGCAUAUUCUUUCAUAAAAUGAUAUCUCUCUACUACGAUCGGGCAAUGCACGACAAGUUAUUUGAGGUAUUUGCUGAUAUGGAGGAACUUGGGGUUCAACCAAAUAUGGCAAUUGUCACUAAGGUUGGAAACAUUUUCCAAGAAUUGGGUAUGCUCGAUAAAUAUGAAAAACUAAUGAAGAAGUAUCCCCCACCAAAAUGGGAAUAUCGUUACAUCAAAGGAAAACGUGUCAAAAUACGAACCAAGUAUCUGUCUGAAAAUGGUAAUUCCAUGAAUGGUUUAAGUGAGCAAAACAAAAUGGAGCAUAGUUCAACAAAUUCAUUAGAUGAAGCUGAAAUAACUUCCGAAGAUUCCAGUCUCGAAGAUGAUGAGGAAAUCGGCAAAGAUCCAGAUGAAAUUCUGGAAGAUGAACAUAUGUGGAGCAAAUCCAAUUUUGAGCAUGAUUUCAUGGGGCUUGGGCAAUUGUAAAUAUAUACACACAUUGUAGUUACUUGUCGAAGUUUUUCAUAGUGUAGACUUUUAUAUUUCUGUUCUUAUUAUUUUGUAGUUUGAAUGGAUGGGAUGAUACUUGAUCA